GUUCGAGACAAGAAAGGCGCUAGUUUGUUUCGAAAUAUUUAAAUCAAACAGCUGCCGCUACCCAAACAUAUCAGGUGUCUGUCUGUAGAUCAUAAAAUCUACUCUCAGUAGUCUAGCCACAAGGCCCAUUGUUGCGACGAAGCUGCCACUUAUACAUCCAUUAGCGAGCCUGUUUCUUUAGUAGGCAACGAUGCGCAUCCAACGCUUUGCGCUUCUGGCUACGGCGUCGGCCGUAACCAUCUCAAUCGAUUCCACUUUGCCGGCACUCAAGUUGAAAACCUCACUUGCUGUUGCAUCCCCCUUGGAUCUCCUCGAGGCAUCAUGCCCAGAAGAAUUCCAGCAGACCAAUACUACUCGCCCUGAACUUCUCCUGUCGUCACAUAGCCAGGCGUUUGGCGAGAAAGCCCAGAACAAGACUGCAUUCACUGCUAGUACCAUUUAUCCCUCAUCUGGCAGCAUUGUACGAGGUGCCAUCGAGGCGUGGGCCCAACAUCAGCAUCUUGUGUUGCGACCAGAUGAAGUUUGGUUUGAAGUCUUGGUGCAGAUGAACUAUUACAUGAGCAAGAAUGCUGAGCAAAUUCGGCAUUUGUUUGUCGAUUUCGAAGGCAAACAGGAUAUCACCAUUCUAGCAAACAGCUGGCAGAAAGUAAUUGAAGGAUUUUCACAGGAAAUCGCCAGUCGGGUUAAGACGAAGUGGCUGCUUGAUUGGGUGAUGCCAGAGUUUUCCACUAGCGACACCAACGACAAGAUGACUGCGACGGUGCUCAUGAUGGGCCUUGUGAAACGCUACUUCAGCUUUACCGGUGGUAUUACUUGCGGCAUUCCAAGCGUCACUCUUCUCGGCGACAAGGCCGACUGGCAGCGCCUGUUGGACAAGCUGGACAGGCUGCCAGAGUUUGGACAAGAGCCGGCUGACUAUGCCGUAAUGCUGCGUCCCAUCUUCACCAUGUUUAUCAAGUCCUUUGAUGACGCUGGAAGCGAUGAUGUCAAGUCAUUUUGGAAGCAGAUUGUUCGCGCCGAUCACGGUUUCGCAUGUGGCCGAGGCCCUAUUGAAUACUCUGUUAGUGGUUGGAUUCAAGGAUUCAUGCACUGGCGGGAGGACGGAUUUCUCCGUACGCCUCGUGAGGUUGCUCUCAAGAAGCAGAACGAAACCCUGACGGAGUAUGACCAGAAUGUGGUGACUAUUGAAGGAGUACGCUAUUUCCCGGAUGGCAUGGAGCAUCUUGUUGUCGGCUAUGCCAAGGCACCAUUCACUAUGCUGGACUACCCAGCUGAUGGACAGAAAACCUCGGCUUAUCUGUUAGCAGGAAACAUUGGCAUCAACCGAACUCGGGUCCCAACUUUGAGAAAUGCAAACAGUGUCACUGGUCAAGAUGACUUUGCAAUGGCCCAACCGAUGAGCUCGUGGUUCUUGUUUGCUCCCGUUGACACCAAGAAAAACGAUGACAGAUAUUAUGGUAGCAUCGACGAACUUCGUGAUGUUAUCGGUGUCAUGAAGUCACAGCCUGAAUGUCCCGGAAACAAUGAUAUGCGGGUGGAUAAUACUGAAUAACUUAUUUGAGUGCAUAUCUGAUUUUAGGUACUGUGCGUAGUAACAGAGCGAUUUCUUCAACGUUUCAAUGAAAAUACAUUCUGUCGAUGUUGCAGGCGUAUCGUAAUAGCCUAAUGUGAUUUAGUUUCCUUCCCGUCUGCUUCAUGUUUCUCGUGCUGAAGAGCCAUCUUCAUUAUGUAUUCCUCCAUCCAUGUCGGCACAAAAUAGAGUAAGCUCUCCUGAAUUUCAUGGAGCCAGUAUCCCAGGACGAGCCCAUUGUUCUUGCCAGCCUUUGCUAAGCAGGAAUUGGCGAAUGUUGUUGCAUUUGGUACAAAAAGAGACGAGUCUUGUUGAAAGAUUGAGACACCUGUAACUUUGCCCGCGCGUACAGCCAAGACCUCAACAUCAGCCUCACUCCCUUUCAUAGAGAACUCAAGGCGUGCAGACUUGGACCAUGACAGGAGCAUUGCCUUGCCAGCGCUGUACGGUGCAAGAAGGGGAAAGCCUUUGUCGGACAAGGAACUGAUGCUUAAAACGAGGGCUGGGCCGUUCGACGAUAGUUGAGGAAGUAGAGCUCGCGUUAAAUAGAAGGCGAACAGGCCGUUGAGACUCACAAUAUUGGCCAAGCGCUCGUAUGAGUGCUCAGCUAGGCUUAAGAAGCUGGGCCGCAGUCCAUUACCACCAGCGUUGUUAAUCAGUACUGUGAGGUGUAGGUCUGCUACUUGGUCUGCGAUUUUUGGGAAAUCCAAGCUUCCUGGAUCAUCUGAUUCAAUACAAGCUCUACAACCAACCAGGCUGGCGUCGGCAAUAAGUAACCGGAACUCUCUUUCUGGAAAGUCUCGCUGAAGGUCGUCCAACACACCCUGGAGCUUAUCUUUGUUGCGGCCAUGUAGGACCACGUUGAAUUCCGAGGCUGCCAAUUCUCGAGAUAUUGCUUUGCCAAUGCCGUCUGAAGCACCCGUGACAAGGGCCCAAGGGGGUCUUCCGUCUUUGGAGUUGUGGCGAUACCGAAGCAGUCUGGACGGAGACCCAUGUAUGAUGAUAAACCUUGUAGCUCGGUAAAUGAUGGAGAGAAGUGAUACAGCCCCCAGGCCAGUUACAACAUGAUUAAAUGUCAACAUGGAGGCGCCGGAGCUUUUUGAAUGCGCUGCGUGUUGCAAAGCUAACGCCGUGGUGCUGUGGACGAGGUGGUGUAAGUAGACGUCCUCUGGCUUGGUGGACGCUAUGUUGCUGGUGAGGCUGACGUGUGUUCUUAUAGAAUGAAUGUGGCGAUGUUCGGGAAAAGUCUUAGAACAC